CGUGAUACGUGAACUGUGAAGUCUCGAAUCUGCUCUCGCCUCUCGGCACUUCGGGCUCAUCAGCAGCCAUUUUGUUUUGGAAACAUUUAUCAGUUUUGGAUUUAAUGAAUACCUUAGAGAAUUUUAAUACGUGUAGUUUGCUUUGUGUUGUGUAAGACUACCGUGGAGUGUAUUUAGAAAAGUGCUGUUAACUGUAAUUUUUGUGAUAGUUGUUCAUCAAACUGAGCUUUCAUGAUCGGCUUACCGCGUAGCGAUAGAGAUAGAGAUCGUAUUACGGUGAAAAUUCGCAAUAUGAAGAGGAGUUCCUCCAGAGACAGUUUGCCCCGGUCGAAAAGGACGCGUAGUAGUAUAGGAAGGUACGACGAUAGUUCCGAUGAGCGUGCCACACCAGAUAGAGUACGCAGACGAGUUCGUUCUCCUAGUCCCCGUGGUAGGUACGUUUCUCCUCACAGAGACGAUUAUGUUAGGUCACGCGAAGUGAGGGAAGAAUCCGUGCGCCCAUAUUAUAAGGUGCUUUGUGUCAGUGCAUUACAUCCUAAAGCUUCUGAUGAAAUAGUGAAAGACACUUUGUAUAGAGAGUAUAAAAAGUUUGGCGACUUCAGUAUCAAGAUCUCCCACGAGCUAGACGAGCGAGUGGCAUAUGUAUGCUUUAGGAGUGCUGAAGAUGCUAGAGAUGCUAAACAUGCCAAACCCAGGAUCAUUCUCUAUGACAAGGUUGCCAUUGUUGAUCCAGUCUAUGAACCUGUCCGUUCAGAGUAUAGGAGUAGACCAAGAAGCAUAACUCCUCCGGAUUAUGAUCGACCUUAUUCCUAUGCUUGGUCACCAGUACCAGAAAGACGCAGACCACCUCCCGAAGAUAGAGCUUAUGGAAUACCUCCUACUGUGCCACCUCACCACAGGGAUUUUAGGCCUCCCAUGCAUGAAUAUCCUAUGGCAGGUCCUCAUGGUCCUCCAAUGCACCACCGUCCUCCUAUGCACCAUCCCCCCCAUCCACAUUACAUGCCCAGGCCAUACAUGCCUAGACCUCACCACCCUCCUUUUGAUAAGAGUGAAAAUAAAAAAGAUAAGUUUCCCAAUUACUUGCAUCAUGUCCAACCUGAAGAUGAUCCUUUGGCCACUAGGACAUUAUUUGCAGGUAAUCUAGAGAUAAACAUAUCAGAUGAAGAGUUGCGUCGUAUAUUUGGACGUUAUGGUAUUGUUGAAGACAUUGAUAUUAAAAGACCUCCCCCAGGUACAGGGAAUGCUUUUGCAUUUGUUCGUUACCAAACAUUAGACAUGGCUCAUAGGGCUAAGGUUGAGCUGUCAGGUCAGUACAUUGGAAAAUUUCAAUGUAAAAUUGGCUAUGGUAAAGCCACACCCACAACACGAGUCUGGGUUGGUGGUCUGGGUCCAUGGACAUCAGUAGCUCAACUAGAAAGAGAAUUUGACAGAUUUGGGGCUAUAAAGAAAAUUGAAUAUGCCAAAGGGGAGCCUCAUGCUUACAUUUUGUAUGAUUCUAUUGAUGCUGCACAAGCAGCAGUGAAAGAAAUGCGAGGGUUCCCACUGGGUGGACCAGAACGUCGCCUGAGAAUUGAUUUUGCAGAUGUGGGAAAUGGAGGCCCCUACAGGCCCAAGCCAUAUGUCGCCCCUGUUGGUGAAGAUGGAAGACCUGUAGAAGGCUAUGAAGGAUAUGAAGGCACAUGGGAUGAGAGUUAUGGCUAUAGUGGCUAUAGAGGUCGCGGUCGUGGUCGUGGGCGCGGAACAUACCGUGGAGUGUAUCAUGGAGCAGGUGAUUACCGGGAUGAUGAGUGGCGAAGGCCUGCUGACAGUGAUUAUGAUACUCGUUUACGUAGAUCUGGGUCUCGAGAGCCUGGAGUUGAUCGAUCUCGAUCGCGAACACCGCGUCGCCGUUCACCUGACAGUGACUCUGAUGGUUCACCUCGCAGAGGUAGUGGCAUGCUUUCUUCGGCUAGAACCCUUCCUGAAGUUGUACGUAAAGCUCUUACUACUUGGAAUGGAGCUCUUAUCCUUAAGAACUCUCUUUUCCCAACAAAGUUGCACUUAACUGAUGGUGAUUCCGACAUAAUUGACAGCUUGAUGAAAGAUGAGGAUGGUAAAAAUCAAUUGAGAAUAACACAGAGACUAAGAUUGGAUCAGCCUAAGUUAGAUGAUGUACAAAAACGUAUAGCUACAUCAAGUUCUCAUGCUAUAUUUCUUGGAGUAGCAGGCUCAACAGCAUCUAUAACAAAUGAUGAUGCUAGUAUUCAAACUCGACCUAUGAGAAAUCUGGUUUCAUAUCUAAAACAAAAAGAAGCUGCUGGUGUAAUAUCUCUGCUCAAUAAAGAGACAGAAGCCACAGGAGUCCUAUACUCCUUUCCACCAUGUGACUUUUCAACUGAACUAUUGAAACGCACUUGUCAUAACUUGACUGAAGAGAGCCUCAAAGAGGAUCAUUUAGUAAUUGUUGUUGUUCGGGGAGGUUCAGCUUAGCUCUAAAACCAUAAUUUUUAUUUUAUCUAGUUGAUAAAGAGUUAGAAUAAGUAUUUUCAAACAUGAAAUCUAUACUUUUGUAUUAUAUAACUUGUGUUGUGUAGUGACAUAUUGUGAUGUGUAUGUAAAGAUUGUGAACAUUAAAAAAUGUGGGUGUGCUGUGUUUAUCACAGUUUGAUGUGUAAAGCAAUAACUAUCACAAGAUAAAGUAUAUAACUGAUUUUAGUAAAGUAUUUUUGGAACAUAAUGUGUAAUUUAGGAACAAACUUGAGUUAUAGUGUAAUCAGUGUAAGUUAGGUGAUGUGUAGUGUGUGAACACAAAUAGAUUAUAUUAAAUAA